AUGAAUAAUUUUACCAUUAAAGUCAAUCGUUUAAUAGAACGUCUUGAUCGUGACAUCAAACAAUGUGAUCAUAUCGAACGACGAGCUUGUCUUAUUGGUGAACAUUUAUCCAUACUUAAUCAAUCUAUUCAAACGUUGGUACGUGUAAUUGACGUUAGUUACUUAAUGUUGAUCUCAUCAGAUAAAGAAAAAUUAUCAUGGUUAAAAAUAAUCGACAAUAUCAAUGUUGAAUUAACAAAUGCAAUAGUUCAACAAUUUAUCUAUCGCCUUGAAUUAUAUUUAAGACGACCUAUGAUCGAUAAUAAUGAAAAAUGGACAUAUAUUGAAGCUUUGCGUCUUCUUCAAUCACCUUUCAUUGUAUCAUCUGUUUUAUUGUUGAACAGGAAAGAAGAGAAAAAAAAGAAUAACAAAUAA